AUGAAACGUAUGAGGUGCUUAUUUUUGGGAUGUGCUCUGGUCGUUGCGUUUAUUUACUUUUCGUCUACGUUUGUCUCUGCGACAGUGGACAUGAACAUAAAGGAACUGCAGUUUGUCGCCGAUCAUCUUACGCCAGAAGAAUGUAUCCAAGUUGAAGCUGCUUUGAGACAAAAUCGCUUCCAGAUCGACUGGGAACAGUUGAAAAAAGACACCAAAACUUUAAAUGAGAAAACGAAAUCGACGCCAUGUUUGGUUAGGUUGGUGAAUUGGGAUCGUGGAAAAGCAAAGCACCUGACGUUUCAAGAUUUAGCGAUUCGUUUGAAAGAACUUGGAUUUGUGGAAGUUUCCGACAAGAUCAGUAAAAAUGUCAACCACGAGAAAGCAGAAGAGGUUAAGGAAUCUUUUGUGGACGAUCCUUUUAAAGAAUUGGUUCCAACUAAAUCGCUGCUUCUGGAUGAACCGAAGGAUUUAAAAAGUGCACAAAUAAAGCCAGCACCGAUUGAAGAAGAGUCGCAUUAUAACGUCAUUUUGUGGAGCGUUCUUGGGUCGUUGUCGUUCACGCUCCUUCUUUUAGUGUCCUGUUAUGUCUGCUGUCCUGAAGGUUGCUGUACGGUUUGGAGGAAGACCGUGCCACAAGGAUGUUCGGUUGGUUGUGAUAUGCUGGUAUACCAGUGUUCCGCCUGCUGCUCCAGGCUGGGUAAAGACACAGAAUAUCAUCUGUUGGAUGGAGAGGAAACUAACCAAACAGACCUCGAUUCAGGUCAAAUCCCCAGUUUUGAAGAAGUGGAGAACGCCAUUACACGAGCACGCUCUGUAACUAGAAACGUUUAA